AUGCCGCCGUUGCUUGCGAGAGCGGGCGGGAGAGCAGUCGUCAUCUCUAUCCGUUGCAGCUCUAGCUUCUCUGGGCUGUUCACUCGACGUGUUUCGCGCUGUUCGGCUGCCGAACUUGGGUCUGUCAAGGGAGUGUCCGAUGAGGCAACCCUGGCGAGCAAGACACUGUCGCGAGCCCGUUGCUAUCGGGUGCUCGUCUCGUGGAUACGCCUUGUCACGUGGUCGAGCGAGUCUACAGACACUCAAAGGGACGAGUCCUCGUCCACAGGUAGCGUGACUGGCUAUUGUCUUUCACAGUCGUCCGACCGGUGGCAGGCCAGUCGAUUGGAGCGCGCCGCACGCGCAGUCACACGCUCGCUCGAGUCGGGGCGUCUUUGCGAAACAAGGUUAGCCUCUGACGACAGUGUGGACCAGUCGCCGCCCGGUCGACUGCACUCUGCGUCAUCUCAGCAGCUACCCAACGGACACAGUCGAGCAGUGAAGCAGAUCCGACAGCCUGAACGCACUCGGCUCUUAUUUCUGACAUCAUCCCCAAUUGAUACCCUUGCCAGAUCCAUCGGCAUCAUGACGAGCGAGCCAGAGUUCGAGCAGGCCGUCGGUGAGAUCAAGAGCUCCCUCGGUCCGCUCUUCAAGAAAGACUCUUUCUACGAAAAGGCAUUCGAAGUCGUCCAAGUACCCGAGCGAAUCAUUCAGUUCCGCGUCGUCUGGGAGAAUGACAAGCAGGAGGUCUGCGUCAAUCGAGGCUACAGAGUCCAGUUCAACUCGACCUUGGGUCCCUACAAGGGCGGCCUCCGCUUCCAUCCCACCGUCAAUCUCUCCAUCCUCAAGUUCUUGGGCUUUGAGCAGAUCUUCAAGAACGCCUUGACCGGUCUACACAUGGGUGGCGGCAAGGGAGGAGCAGAUUUCGAUCCAAAGGGCAAGUCUGAUAACGAGAUCAGACGCUUCUGCGGUGCCUUUAUGGCAGAGCUUUCUCGCCACAUUGGUGACAACACCGAUGUGCCUGCCGGUGAUAUUGGCGUCUCUCCUCGCGAGAUUGGCUGGAUGUUCGGCGCAUACAAGCGGGCACGCAACGAAUGGGCUGGCGUAUUGACUGGCAAGGGUUUCGACUUUGGUGGAUCUCUCAUCCGACCUGAAGCAACCGGUUUCGGUCUGAUCUACUAUGUCCAGCACAUGAUCGCAGAAGCCGAGAGCAAGGAGCUCGACAAGACUUUCGAAGGCAAGACGGUCGCCAUCACCGGUUCGGGCAAUGUCGCCCAAUACGCCGCCCUCAAAGCGAUCGAACUGGGCGCCGUUGUCGUCUCACUUUCGGACAGCAAGGGCGCUCUGAUCGCUUCGGCAGACAAGGGCAUCACACCCGAGGAUGUUCACAAGAUUGCUGAUCUCAAGGUCAAGCGUGGCUACCUCAAGGAUGCCAAGCUGUCCUACAAAUACAUCGACGGUGCUCGUCCCUGGACGCACUUCGACAAGCUCGAUAUCGCUCUGCCUUGUGCGACGCAGAACGAAGUCAGCAAGGAGGAAGCAGAGGCGCUCGUCAAGGCCGGCGUCAAGUAUGUCGCCGAGGGCUCCAAUAUGGGUUGCACAAAGGAAUCGAUUGAAGUCUUCGAAGAGGCAAGAAAGGGUGGCAAGACCUGGUACGGACCAGGCAAAGCAAGCAACUCAGGCGGUGUGGCAGUCUCGGGACUCGAGAUGGCGCAGAACAGUAGCAGAGUGAAAUGGACGACAGAUCAGGUAGACGAGAAGCUCAAGGGAAUCAUGGCAGACUGCUACAAGCUUUGCUUCAAGACUGCCCAGGAGUUCGACAAGGAAGGCAAGCUACCCUCGCUCGUCGCUGGCGCCAAUAUCGCCGGAGUAAGAAAGACAUUGGACGCAAUGAAGGCUGUCGGCGAUGUCUGGUGA